AUGUUCGAUCGACGAGGGAAACUUGAUUCAAUAGAAGUAUCAGAAUAUUUCAGUAAAGAAUUAGAAAAAACUAACGUGGCUUCUCAAGUGAAAUUACUGAAUUGCACACCUUUGCACAAUCUGCAGCCCAACUGUUUGGUACGUUACAGGGGUAUGGUUCAGGAUAUGUUUGAUCCUGAGUUUUACUUGGGGGCUUAUGAAGUUGAAGACUUAUCCACUAAACAAACAUUUAUGAAAUCAGGAAUGUACAAAGACAUUGCUGAGUGUAAACCAAAUGAAAUUGUGAAGGUGGACUCUAACCAAAACAUCAUGUUGGAUCGUCAGACAUUAUACUGCAUUCCGAUUCCAGGAGAAACUCAUUGGGUUAAACAAAUAUCCUUGCUUAAGUGUCACAUGUUUCUGUUAUCGAAUAGUCAAAGCUCCAUAUGUAAUAGUGAGCAAGCAUCUACAUCUAGUGGGCAAUUGAAACGAGUACGUGAUGAUGAUGCAGAAGAAAUGAUGACAGAAUCCUCAGCUAAUUCCCAAACCCAUCCUGAUUCUGCAGUGGAGACAGAGAACGAAGAAGUAAAACGAAACAAGCCAGAAAGUCAUCAGGCCUCAAGAACAUCAUCUCAGUUACCUGAUUUAAAUUUUCCCCUUCAAGGAGAAACAGGCCAUGCUUGUUUGGUCAGAGUUUAUGGUAAAAUUGAUGCAUUGAAAGUAAAUGACAUGGUAGAGUUCAUUGGAGUAUUGUCUAUGCAAAUAACUGAAUCUGACAGUGAAAUGAAUGCAGUUGGAGGAGAUGGUGAUGAGACAUCCAGUGAACCCAAAUUACCACCUCCUUCGCUGGUACCUCGACUGCAUGCAGUAGUAAUUUACAAUCUAAAACAUAACAACCCACUUCUGCCUGCAAAUAUUAAUAGCAAUGUAAGAGAAAAAGUGAUGCAAGAUAUAGGAGAAGACAUGGAGACAUUACGACGACGUCUACUGGAAAUCUUGCAGAUGGUCACUCUUGGGGACAAUCUGGCUGCUGAGUAUCUUCUCUGUCAUCUGGUGUCUUCUGUAUAUUUUUCUGCAGGAUUGCUGCCAAUUGGUAAAUUGUGUUUGAAUUUGAGUCAUAUCCCCAAAUCUGGAAGCUACCCUAGAUUACUUCAUAGCUUCAUUUCUUCUCUUGUCACCAAAUCGCACCUUCUUCCAUUAAGCUUGCAUUGUCUAAAUAGCCUGCAAUUUUGUUCUAACAAGAAUUAUUCAACUAAUCGAUUGAAAAGUGGUGUUCUCCAGCUGAGUCGAAAUACUAACCUCAUACUGGAUGAGACCCAAUUAGAAGCUGGACAAUUGACUGUUGAAGGUCACAAAAAUAUUAAAGCUCUGGAACAUGUAAUCAGGUGGCAAAAAGUCCAGUAUGACUUUGAUUUCUACCAGCGGGAAUUUGAAGCAGAUAUUGCUAUCAUUUGUGUUUCUGAAGGAAAAUCUAUUUUACCUAGUGAUGCACACAUUCCACUUGAAGCCACUGUAUCCCAUGAUGAUUUGCUAAAUCACUUUCAUCACAUUGAAGCAGAAUUGACAUCGAAUUUACUUCAUAAGUUCCGUAUUUACCUUGGCCUUGCUCAAAAUAUGGAAUAUUCCAUAGACAAAGAAUUGGAAGCAUUAAUUCAAAAUGAUUUUAUCAGUAUGCGUCAGAAUGAUCGAAAGAGUAUGUCUGAAGAUGACCUUCAUUCUUUACUCAAUUUAACAAGGUUGUUAACAAUGAGUAGAGGUCUGUCUUGCCCAACUGCUCAGAUUUGGCAAUGGGCUAAGACAUUAGAAUCUUCAAGAAAACAACGAUUACAAACACAGCCAACUAACCUUGCUUCCCAGUGA